AUGCAUCCAAGCUCAACCACCACGACGCCUUUUUCAGUGAAGGACAUUUUGAAGCUGGAGCAUCAGCAUGAUUUUGAGAAUGAAUUCUUGACGUCUGAUCAAGUUGUUCCGAUGCAGUAUCAGCACGUGCAUUAUGUUAGAAGCAGAGACAUGUAUGACCUGCAGGCUGAUCCGUGCGUCUCUGAAGUGCAGGAGAAGCUCGAGACUCACAGCUCAGCAGCAGAGGACGAGAUGAAUGAACAUGAGAUCAGCGGGGUUGGCAGUUCCCCUGACCGUAACAGUAACUCAAAGACCAGGUCCCGGCUGCGCAGGAAGCCCCGGGUCCUCUUCUCCCAGUCGCAGGUGUCAGAGCUGGAGCGUCGCUUCAGACAGCAGCGCUACCUGUCCGCCCCGGAGAGAGAGCACCUGGCCAACAUCCUCAAUCUCACCUCCACACAGGUCAAAAUCUGGUUCCAGAACAGAAGGUAUAAAUGUAAGCGCCAGAGGCAGGAUCAGUCCCUGGAGCUGGCGGGGUUUCCUCCCGCACCGAGGAGGGUGGCGGUGCCAGUGCUGGUGCGGGACGGGCAGCUGUGCGGAGCAGGUUCCGCUCCGUAUAACGUGACUCUGGGACAUUAUAAUCCCGUUUUUGGAUAUGGAAACAGUGGCGUGUACAGCUAUCACAGCGUGUCUCCUGCCACACAGAUAAGCAACAAUAACCAGCUGGUUGAUUUUACAUGUAAGAGCGAGGGGCCUUUUAAUCACGGACACUUCCAGGCUUCAUGUGUCAGAGGCUGGUAA